AAGCGCUGUAGUGUUUGCUGCGUCGAGUAGAUGGAGUGUUUGCAUGCGCUCCGUUGUUCUCAACAAAUGCGCGACAUAACUCGCUCCUUUCGAAAGGAUUACAGAGUUUUAUUGUGAUCGAGGAAUGUUAUUCUGUCUCCGGUUACGGAACGGCACUCUUAAAAAGGCUUUAAGUUUGUUUACGGAGUUUCGGACGCGUUUGUUUGGAUGUUUGUGGAGCAAAAGCUGGUCAAGUCCAGGAGAAAUAACGUUACAUAAGGCGGUUUGCAGGGACUGUUGGCGCUUGAGCUGAGGUUAGACUGAAAUGAUAAUGCGACUGAUGAAGACAUCUGAACAUAAUAUAUGAUUACAUCUGAAGCUGACUCACCAAAAUCCUCGUUUAAAUCAGUUUUGUGUCUUGGGCUCAUGCAAUGAGUCUGUAAGGAAUGGCAACCUGGGAUCUGUCCUAAACUCUAUUAACGUCCUGAUCAGCUGAUCCAGGAAGGAUCAUGGCCCUGAGCGAGGGCUUCACCAAAAGCAAUGGCGGAUCCUCAACUUCCGCAAACGCCAUUGAAGAGCUGGAGGACGAGCAGAGAGUUUCGGUGUUCACGCCGACGCACUCUGGUCAGAACGGCGGACUCAAACCCAACGGAGCCAUGUGUCCGUCUUCGCCAGGCUCCUCUUCCUCGUCCUCUUCCUCGUCACAUGUCUCAGACUCUCAGAGGUUGGCUGUGCUGCUGCCCAACGCUCUGCCACCAGCCUGCUGCGUUUACUGCUCUCCUCGGCAGCCCGUCUGCUGCAACAGGAACCAGCAGGAUUGUGCUCUUUUCCAAAGCGCCGUGUCGUCCGCAGCGCUUCACAUGGGCUCGUGCUGCGUUCAAGGCGUGCGCUGUUUCUGCAUGCAGCAUCACUGGCCUGAGCAUCUCCAGAACCAGCCCAACAUGGCCACACUGAGCCCUCCAAGGCCUUUCCGGUUUCCCAAAAGUUAUGCAGAGCUCAUUGCUGAUUGGCCGGUGGUGGUGUUAGGGGUGUGUACAGUUCUCAUCGUGGUUUGUGCACUGGUCGGUAUCCUCGUGCCCGACCUGCCUGACUUCUCAAAUCCACUGCAGGGAUUUGAACCGAGAGGCACUGCAAUAGGCCAGCGACUUGUAACAUGGAACAACAUGGUGAAAAACACAGGCUACAAGGCAACACUGGCCAACUACCCCUUCAAAUACGCAGACGAGCAGGCCAAAAGUCACCAAGAUGACAGGUGGUCCAAGGAUCGUAAUGAUCGAAAGAAAAGACAAGCGGAGUGGGAUUUUAGUAAAGACAGUUUCUUCUGUGAUGUACCAGGUGACAGCUAUUCCCGAAUUGUAUUUGCAUCUGCAGAGGGAAAGAACUUGUGGAAUAUACAGGCAAUAAAAUCCAUGUGCAAUUUUGACAAUACUCGGAUUCGCUCCCAUCCCCAGUACUUGGAUCUGUGUCAGCGCACCACUGCUGCCUCAUGCUGUCCCAGCUGGACACUUGGGAACUACAUAGCCGUCUUUACUAACAAGUCAUCCUGCCAAAAAAUCACAGAGCAAGAUGUUUCCCACACCCUAAAAAUCCUGCGCUCCUGUGCAAAGUAUUACCACAAUGGCACUCUUGGUCCUGAGUGCUGGGACAUGACGACCCGUAAGAAGGACCUCAAGUGUGGCAACGUGCCACGGAAGUGUACAAAAUACAACGCCGUAUAUCAGAUUUUUCACUUUUUGGUGGACAAAGACUUUCUGAAUCCAAAGAACACGGACUACCUUCCACCUAACCUCAAGUACAGCAUGCUCUUCUCCCCGACGGAGAAAGGAGAAACAAUGAUGAACAUUUACUUGGACAACUUUGAGAACUGGAACUCCUCGGAUGGGAUCACGACCAUCACAGGAAUAGAAUUUGGCAUCAAACACAAUUUAUUUCAGGACUACCUUCUGACAGAUACCAUGUAUCCCGCAAUAGCAAUUGUGAUCGUGUUGGUAGUCAUGUGCAUCUACACGAGAUCAAUGUUCAUCACCCUUAUGACCAUGUUUGCCAUUAUCAGUUCGCUCAUCGUCUCGUACUUCCUGUACCGUGUGGUCUUCAACUUUGAGUUCUUCCCCUUUAUGAACCUCACUGCGCUCAUCAUACUUGUUGGAAUUGGUGCCGAUGAUGCCUUUGUGCUCUGCGACGUCUGGAACUACACAAAGUUUGAUAAACCUAAUUCCGAUCUUUCUGAAACGGUAAGCGUGACGCUUCAGCAUGCGGCGCUUUCAAUGUUUGUCACCAGCUUCACCACGGCUGCUGCCUUCUAUGCCAACUACGUGAGCAACAUCACUGCCAUUCGAUGCUUUGGUGUGUACGCUGGUUCUGCUAUCCUGGUUAACUACAUACUGAUGGUCACCUGGUUGCCGGCUGUGGUGGUCCUACAUGAAAGGUACCUGGUCAACCUCUUUACAUGUUCUCUGUCACAACACCACCAGACGCAGGGUGCUACGCUGUUCUGGACAAGAUUGUGCCAGAUGGUCAACAAGUGUCUUUUUAGCAUCUCGGAGGCCUCUCGGAUAUUCUUUGAGAAAGUUUUGCCUUGCAUCGUGAUCAAGUUGCGCUACUUGUGGCUCUUGUGGUUUUUGGCAAUGACGGUGGGUGGAGCCUACGUUGUUUGCGUCAAUCCCAAAAUGAAACUGCCAUCUCUGGAGCUGUCGGAGUUUCAGGUUUUCCGUUCUUCCCAUCCCUUUGAACGCUAUGAUGCGGAGUACAAAAAACUCUUCAUGUUCGAACGGGUCAACCAUGGGGAAGACCUCCACAUGCCAAUCACCAUCAUUUGGGGAGUUACUCCAGUUGACAAUGGAGAUCCGCUGAACCCCAAAAAUAAGGGUAAACUAACACUCGACACAACCUUCAACAUUGCGAGUCCUGCAAGUCAGGUAUGGAUUCUCAACUUCUGCCAGAAGCUUAGGAACCAGAGCUUCGUGUUCCAGUCUGAGGAGCAAGACUUCACGAGCUGCUUCAUGGAGACUUUUAAGCAAUGGAUGGAAAACCAAGACUGUGAAGAAGCUUCCGUCUAUCCCUGUUGUAGUCAAUCCACGUUCCCUUACCGGCAAGAGGUCUUUGAGUUGUGCAUCAAACGGGCAAUUAUGGAGCUUGACCGAAGCACCAUCUACCACCUUGACAGCAAGACUCCAGGGCCAAGGUUUGACAUCAAUGACACAAUUCAAGCAAUUGUGCUCGAGUUUCGAAGUACCUACCAUUUCACUCUGGCGUACGAGAAGAUGCAUCAGUUUUACAGAGAAGUCGACGCUUGGAUUCAGGAGGAGCUGAGGGAUGCUCCUGAAGGACUGAGCUACGGAUGGUUUGUAAGCAACCUGGAGUUCUACGACCUACAGGACAGCCUAUCGGAUGGGACUCUUAUCGCUAUGGCACUGGCGGUGGUAGUGGCCUUCAGUGUUAUGCUCCUGACCACCUGGAAUAUCAUCAUCAGCCUCUAUGCCAUCAUAUCCAUCGCCGGAACCAUAUUUGUCACAGUUGGGUCGCUGGUGCUCUUGGGUUGGGAACUAAAUGUGCUUGAAUCAGUGACCAUCUCAGUUGCUGUAGGCCUCUCUGUGGACUUUGCUGUCCAUUAUGGAGUGGCGUAUCGCCUUGCACCAGAACCAGACAGGGAAGGAAAGGUGGUAUUCUCCUUGAGCAGAAUGGGCUCAGCUAUAGCGAUGGCAGCACUCACAACCUUUGUAGCCGGUGCGAUGAUGAUGCCAUCCACAGUUUUGGCCUACACUCAACUGGGCACGUUUCUGAUGCUAAUCAUGUGCAUUAGUUGGGCAUUUGCUACAUUUUUCUUUCAAUGCAUGUGUCACUGUUUGGGACCUCAGGGCACCUGUGGACAGAUUCCUUUGCCAAAGAAACUCCAGUGCUAUGCCUUUUCAGAGCGCACAUCUGAAAACCAAUCUAAUCCAAGUCAAGGUAAACUCAGUGCUUGCUACACAAGCAAGUACCAGAUAGAUAACGCAAGAAGUGAGGGUCGACACGAACACUAUGAGCUUGAGCCCUUGGCGUUGAAUGUCAGGAAUGAGGAAAAGGCUUCUGAUGAGGAACAGGGAGCAUGUACGCAGUUGCAUAAUGGCAUCACUUCUCAUCACUCAACCUUGAAAAGCUGCACCGACCCAGGAGAACCCAGUCCUGAGAUUGAAAAUGGCUUACCAGGAGCUGAACUUUCACAUCUUCAUCAAUACCCGUAUUGUACGAGGUGCACCUGUGAGAACUCCAUGCAUCAGUAUAUGAGAGAGCGACAAAGGACUCCUUACCAUCCUUGCAGCAACCAAUGCCCUGCUAAACAGACCAAUCACUUACCUGUGGGUCAGAACCUUCAGUCCUCACGGGAUACAACGCACACUCCCACUGACUGCUUCGUAAACUGUGGCCACUUCCAACAUUGCACACAGAGCCAAACAUCAAGGCCAACCCCUCACAGAUGUUUCCCCGGGGGCUACAGCAUGCAAGCAGUGCACCUUUUGCAUCAGGCACUGUCGUCCGAUACUGCAGUGCAUGACGAGUCCCACAUAAAUGCGUGUGGCCCCAAUUCACCUCUACCAGAGAGCCAGAACUUUCCAGCUCACAUUCAGUUUCCAGAUGUUCAGCGCUGUGCUUUACCUGACACGACUCGAGUCUGUACUGUUAAUCACGAUACACAGAAGACAGGGGACCUAGCAUUAAAUUCCCAGACCCCUCAAAAAAUACCAUGGAACCAUAUAAACACAAAAGUAAAUGGCACUUGCGUUUUGCUGCAGGACAGUCGAGAGAUUCGCGACGCGAUUCCAGUGGUACCAGAAGAAAGUGUCAAAUGCAAUCCGAGUAACAAAGACAAUAAUGAAAGGGCAGAGCCUGUAUCUCCCAAAAAAUUUAACCGUUUUAAAAAGACUGUAAAAGCGAAGUGCAAUUCUGUAGAGUUGCACAAGCCAAAAACCACUGUGCCUACUGUUGCCAUUCAUUCAAAAGCCUCAUCUGAGAGUUUAUGCUAACAUUUAAAAUUAGAGCGUUAGAUCGCGAUAUCAGAACGUAUUACCAUAUUAAGAUUUAGCACAGAAAAGCAACUGGUUGUUUCCUGACAGGAAAGAGUUUCUUGACAUUAUGUUCAUGGGAAUUGUGACAUGACGUCAAGGAAAACUUUUGUCCGAUUUAAGAGGACACUAUUUUGACCCAAUGGCUUGUAUUAUUUGCGUGACAUCUGUUUUAGAUUAUUUUUUUAAUGUCUGGCCACAGGCCAUCACUUUUUCAUGGGAAUAGAAAAACAUAAUCAGAAUUAUUUUCCUGCACAUUUCAUAUGAACUUGUAUAUAUUUUAUGUGUUGUGUAUGUAUUUGAAUCAUGCACUUUUUUCAUUGAUGCUGAUUGGAAUGUUUCGCCUAUAAA